AAUGUUUUAAUGUAGUUAAUGUUCACGUGUGGACGUUUAUUAGUGUUAUUUUUGUUUAUUACAAGCACAUGCUGGACGGAGCAGGUGCGAGAGGUUGAAUGCAGCCGCGCAGCGCAAACUGUCUACCACUGCAGGUGAGUGUUGUGGAACAGGGUGAUGGGAGUCCAGGACUCUCUAUUGCCGGGCUUACGGCAUGUCACAAAGCAGUUGGCUCAACUUCUACUGCUGGUCCUACUGCUCUGGAUUCUGUUUUUCCUUAUUGUCUUCAUUUACUUCACUGACUUCCAGAUGAACCAGCCCCAAAAGAUUAUCCUGUUCAACUCUGAGCCUCAACACUCAACCUAUGUUCAGCAUAAUUCCCGGGCCAUCAUGGUGUCCCAUAAUUCCCGCUGGCGUCUGUAUGCAGACAGGAAGGGUCCUCUACAGCACAGGCGAGUGUUUCAACCUCCUCGCGCCAGAGAAGAGUUUUAUUUCAGGAAUUUUGGCGAACGUCGUCCAAGGGCAAGGAAGUACUUGAAGAAGCCUCCUAGAAGUGAAUACAGUGAUGACUAUUUUUCCAAUGAUUGGUCGGUGGUUCGCGGUCUGUGGAAGGGUCAGGUGUCCUCCAAAAUGCUAAGCCAUCAACUACAGCAAGCCUUGAAAGACCAUGUUCACUCUAAUAAGCACAAAGUUCUCUACAAAGGCCAACGAAAGGCAAACAAGAGUAGAGAGGAGAUGCUGUGUCAGAUGAAAAGGCAAGCCCAACUCAGGACCCUGGAUGGCUCUGAACAGCCCUUUGCUCACCUAGGUUUUAAACAGCUGUCUUCUUCUAAACUGCAGAAGAUGUACACAACAUGUGCUGUGGUGACUUCAGCAGGGGCAAUACUGAACUCAUCACUGGGACGUGAAAUUGAUUCCCAUGAUGCAGUGGUGCGUUUUAAUGCUGCACCCUGCAAGGGCUAUGAAAAGGACGUAGGCAGCAAGACAACCAUGCGAAUCAUGAACUCUCAGAUUCUAGCAAACCCAAAACACAACUUCAGCAAUAGUUUGCUUUAUAAGGACAUCACCUUGGUAGCCUGGGAUCCUGCUCCUUAUAACAUUGACCUGCAUAAGUGGUACCAGCAACCUGAUUAUGACCUGUUUACUCCAUACAUAACUCACAGGAAGAAUUUCCCUGAGCAGCCCUUUUAUAUCCUGCAUCCUUCAUUCAUCUGGAAACUUUGGGAUAUUGUGCAAAGCAACACGAAGGAUAACAUUCAACCCAACCCUCCUUCCUCGGGAUUUAUAGGUAUAGUCAUGAUGAUGAACUUUUGUGAGGAGGUCCAUGUGUACGAGUACAUUCCUUCAAUGAGACAAAGUAAUCUGUGCCAUUACCAUGAGAAGUAUAACGACGCGGCCUGCACAUUUGGGGCAUACCACCCUCUGCUUUACGAGAAACUGCUUAUCAAGCGAAUGAGCACAGCUUCGGAGAAGGACAUCAAGAAAAAGGGAAAGGUCACACUGCCAGGAUUCAGUAAGAUUAACUGUCCGCUGUGAUUUACACACUCAAACUUAUAGCACUGUGAAAAGAUGAAACAGGUCUUCAAGACUGUAUGAACCCUUCAAAGACUAGAGUGAAGGACCCUUAACAGACUAGAGGUUUUACCCAUAGUUCUUGUAACAAACUGAGACAAGACAUUAUAAUGAAGAGGGUAAUUAACAUUUUAAAAGUCUGAUCAUCUUAAGAUGGUCCUUAUGCUGAAAGACAUUAGGCUACAGCUAUCACUCGCAAUGGAGUCAGAAAUGUCCUAAUGAGCUUAAAAUGACCUCAAUUCAGAGAUUACAGAUGCUGUACAUACAAAACAUGAUGUGAUGCAGGACAACAGGAGAGUUUCAAAGUAAACUCUUGAUAUGCUUGGAAGAGCUACUGAAAUGAACAAACAUCAGAUUGUAAAU